AUGAUGCUAGAGAAGAAUCCGUCUGCUUUUGAGGGUCGGCGGUGCAAACCCUCUUUGACGGAUUGGAUUCAGUGUCUUCCCCCAGAAAUAGCCCUGCAAAUACUGUCCUAUCUUUCCUUCGACGACCUUCUUUCAUUCGGAGCAACCAGUCGCCUGAACAACGAGUAUCACAUAGUUAGCCUCAAGCGCUUGAGGUUAGGCGUCUUUGAGAAGCGAGUGCAUUCAAUAAUCUCCCUGCUUCAGGCCGGGUGGGCUAGCCCUGAACAACUGGGUGGUACCUGGGGGGAAGAGGCCGAGCGCAACUAUACGAUUACUGUUAUCCAGCAACAAAGCAAGCCAAUGAGGCCGUGGGCGCAGGAGAAAAAGUUCUGUCAAUCGAUCAACCCGAGGCACCGACUUCUGAUGCAGCCUAACAGACCCCAAACGCAAGAGCAAAUGGUGCGCCUGCAGAACCAGAUAUUUGCCAGGGCUCUACGGCGCUACGGUCCAUCGCUACGAGCCCUCGAAUUCAUGGCAUACGAUCUUAGCUUAGAGGGAGCCACGGCGCUGGGGGCCAAUUGCCAACAUAGACUCAGGGAAUUGGCGCUGCGCUUCGAGCACCCACACAUUCGGGACGGUGUCGUUAGGCCAAGUACAUGGCUUCGUCCGGCUCCUGCAAAUGAAGCAUGGAACUCUCUAAUCGGAAUUGGCCGGUUUAAGGAUAUUGGACUUUGCAACCUCGAGAGCUUGACCCUGGAGCGGGCAGGGAUAACGUCGUGGCAAUUGAUGAUGCUUGUGAAGAGGAACCCAGACUUGACUAUCCUCAAGCUGAGGACUUGUCGCGGUGCUCGACCUGAGUUCUUGUACUGGUUAGGGGGCUUGAAGAGCGACCUGAAUGAGACCGAGACUCACCUGGAUGGACCGGCACCUGGCGCGAAGCUCGAAAUCCUUGCGCUAGAACAUUGCCAUCGACUGCUCGAGCGGCCAGUUGAAGAAAACGACAAUUCGGCAGAUGGCAUUCUUGAUUCUGGGUUUGAAUGGGUGAGAGGCCUGAGUAAUUUGCAGUCACUGUCCUUCAGCGAAAGCGCACAUAUUCCAUCAGCACUUAUUGAUGAAGCAAACAAGGCCAUCUGGAAGAUCCCAAAGGUCAUUCUUCCUUACUGCCUUUCUGAUGGAGAUACGCCCAUUGCAGUUGAUCCAAGAUGGAAGUAA